GGGCGAGCCGCGGUGGUGGGCGGGGCGAGCCGCGCGGGGUGGGCGUGGCGUGGCGCGGGGACUUCCCCUGGGCUGAGCUUCGCAGCGGGAUUUUGGCCAAAUUGGGCGAGGGUACAAUAUUACCACUUACCCCUUCUCACCGAAGAAGAGCGGGAGAAAGGGUAUGGCGCAGUCGCAAGGCUGGCUGAGAAGAUGCUUCAGGGCCUUCUGUAAGGGCUUCUUUGUGGCGGUGCCCGUGGCGGUCACUUUCUUGGAUCGGGUUGCCUGCGUGGCACGAGUGGAGGGAGCAUCCAUGCAGCCUUCCUUGAAUCCUGGAGGAAGCCAGUCCUCAGAUGUGGUACUUUUGAACCACUGGAAAGUAAGGAAUUUUGAAGUACAGCGUGGUGACAUUGUGUCAUUGGUGUCUCCUAAAAACCCGGAACAGAAGAUCAUUAAGCGAGUGAUUGCUCUCGAAGGGGAUAUUGUCAGAACCAUUGGACACAAAAACCGUUUGGUCAAAGUCCCCCGUGGUCACAUGUGGGUUGAAGGCGAUCACCAUGGACACAGUUUCGAUAGUAAUUCUUUUGGACCGGUUUCUCUGGGACUUCUACAUGCCCAUGCCACACAUAUUUUGUGGCCUCCAGAGCGCUGGCAGAGACUGGAAUCUGUGCUUCCUCCAGAGCGAUUUCCAGUCCAUACCAGUGAGGAGUGACUGCCUGACAGGCCCAGCAUAGGAGGAGCUGCAGACACUAGAAGCCUCCUAUCAAAGAGAUGUUCCAGUGAUGCAGAGCAAGGGACCUCUGUGUAUCUUUAAGGUAGUCUGGAAUUUCAAAGAAAGAUUUUCAACAUUAAACAGUAUUAAAUGA